ACAUUUGCUCAUAUUCAGAUUUUCGCUGCAUUCAUAACUGAAAAUUGUAAAUAGCAGUGUAGUUACUCAAGUAAUUACCCGUACACAUACUCCAAAAUGAUCCGAUUUAUACUCAUACAAAAUCGUGCAGGCAAAACUCGCCUGGCCAAGUGGUAUAUGAACUUUGAUGACGACGAAAAACAAAAAUUAAUCGAAGAGGUGCACGCUGUGGUCACAGUUCGAGAUGCUAAGCACACUAACUUUGUGGAGUUUCGUAAUUUCAAAAUUGUGUAUAGACGCUAUGCGGGUCUCUACUUUUGCAUUUGCGUGGACGUCAACGAUAAUAAUCUGUGCUAUCUGGAGGCCAUACAUAAUUUUGUAGAAGUACUGAACGAGUAUUUUCAUAAUGUGUGCGAGUUGGAUCUCGUAUUUAAUUUCUACAAGGUGUAUAGUGUCGUUGAUGAGAUGUUUUUAGCAGGCGAGAUACGCGAGACCUCACAGACAAAAGUGCUCAAACAGCUGCUAACAUUGAACUCAUUGGAAUAGACAAAUUUGCACGCAUUCCCCAUUGCCCGCUUAUCGAAUCUUCAUAUAAUAUAUUAUAAUAUUGUAAUACUAUUUAUCUACAUGUGUUCUAUAUAUGCAAGCAAAACAUUUCUCAAACGUUAAAUAAUUU